AUGAUUUCUCUACCAUUCGAAGUUCAACUUCGUAUAUUAAAAUAUCUCGAUUUCAACGAAUUAAUCUCUGUUAAACAAACUAAUUCUUACUUUUUUAAACUAAUUAGCAAUUAUGAGGGAGAAUUAGCACGAAUGCAGUUUUAUGGCCUCAUACUAUGUAACAAAAAAGAGACAGAGUGUUCAGAUAAAAUAAUUAAACUUCGUUUUACAAAUUUUAAGUUUACUUUAAAUGAUCAACUUAAGGAAAAGUGGCAAGUAGCUAUAGGUAAAUCAACUAGAUUGUUUUCACAUUCUGGCAAAAAAUUAUUUAUUUGUAUGAGUAAGACAGCUGACGAAGAUCCCUGUUAUUAUAUUUUGAAAUUGCCAAACGUCCCAAAGAACCUUAAAGAAAUGAUUAUUAUUCGUUGCUGGUUAGAACGACUAUUCAAAUGUGACUUUGAGCGUGCUGAUUUUAUUAGAAGAGUAUUUAAUCCAGAAAUGAUAAAUAUAUUAUUUGAUAAUGACAAGACAAUUCCUCUUCAAUUUAAUAUUAUAAAUAUGUUUCUAUAUGCUAGCACAAAAAAACAAAUUGAGAAUAGUUUGAAAUUUUAUUUAAAUCAUCUAUCAAAUUCUGAAUAUUUUUACAUUAAUUUAUGCCCUGUUGACAUUACAGAUGAUCAUAUGAAUAUUUUAUUCAAUAUUAUAAUAAAUAAAGGCAAUAAAAUACGAGAAAUUAUUGUUGAGGGUUACAAGUUAGCAAAGCUUCAUGAUCUUGUUAUAGAGUAUAUAAUAACAUCGAAAGACUGUUCAAAUAUGGUGCCUAAAAUUAUUUUUGUGUGUUCUGGUUUCCCUAAUCUUAAAUUAAGUGAAAGAGCAGAAAAUGUUGAAAUUGAUGAUUCAGAUUAUUUAGCUAACGGAUGGGGUCAUGUGAGUGCGCAAACUGAGAACUGCCAACAAAGAGCGAGAAACUGA